AUGUCAAGUCUUAAGUCUUCAAUUACAGUAGGUUUAUUUUAGUCUUUAAGUUUUUGUGGUUUAAGAUAAAAAAUCUUAAAAAACAUAGCGUUUUAACCACCAAAAGUGAGUUAUUCUCUAAAACCGAGAUAAGAUGAUUAGAUGACAAAUAGUACCUAAACAAAUCCUUCAUCAUUAUAAGUUAUUGAUUCAGAACACUAGAAACGAUAGAAAUCUAAAUCUUAUGAUGAUGAAAAUAUUCAUUAAUCAGGUUUGUUAGAUUUGGCUGAGGAGAUCAUGUAAUUUACAAGUGAAUCUUUAAGUCCAAUGAGAGAAAAGUAAAGAUAAUUAUAAAGAAUAGAAUAUCUGAACCUGCAUAUGACUUCUAUUUGAUUGAUGGAUAAGGUUAAGAAAUUUCAAUACCAAAAUAAGAGAAUUUAGAAUUGACUGGAUAUUUCUUAAAAGGAAGAAAGGCACAUCGAAUUGCGUCCUUAUAUUUAAAGUACUUAUUUCCAACAAGUGAUUAUGUGAUAUUGUUCAGUCAUGGAAAUGCAAGCGAUUUGGGUUACAUGAUUGAUACAUUAAUUGGUAAUAAUUAUAAUUGAAUUGUUAAAGAUCUUUGUAACAAUUUAAGAAUAAAUAUAUUUGCUUAUGAAUAUUCAGGCUAUGGACUUUCAUAAGGGAAGUGUACAGAUCUCAAUAUCAUUAAUAAUAUUUAAGUAGCAUAUGACUUCUUAGUUUCAUAACUUAAUUUCGAACCAACAAAAAUAAUUGUUUAUGGUUAUAGUAUUGGAUCAGGACCAAGUGUCAUGUUAGUAUCUGAUAUUCAUUUUCCUGUUGGUGGUUUAGUAGUUCAUUCAGGUUUGAGUUCAGGGUUGAGAGUUGUUAACAGUAAAUUAAAAUCAACUCCUUUUUAUGAUAUUUUUCCAAAUGUUGAUAGAAUAAAGGAUGUCACAUGUCCUGUAUUUAUAAUGCAUGGGAAAGAGGAUGAAAUUAUUGAUUUGCAUCAUGCUACAUUAUUGUCUAAUAAUUGUUAAAGAUUGUAUGAAUAUUGGGAAGUUGAAAAUAUUGGACAUUAAGGAAUUGAUACAAAUGAUGAACAUCGUAAAAGUUAUUUCUAUAAAUUAAGGGAUUUCAUUAAAUGUAUAUUUUAUAAUUUAUAUUAUCAGUAAUACAAUAAGAAAAUUAAACAAUUAAGUAAUUAAAAUAAAGAAAUACUGCAAGUCCUAAAUAAUAUGGUUAAAAUCAUCAUUAUUAUGAUAAUAAAAUAAGAGAAUUCCAAUUAAGUUGUAGAAAGGUAGAAGAUUCAGAAUAAUUUCUUUAAAAGUUUCGUUGA